CGCGACCGUAUAAACGAGCCAACCCGCCCACCUCCCGCGCCGCCGCCACUCAGCGCCGCGCUUGCGUUUCCUUCUCUCCGCUUCCAAGAUGUCGAAGCGAGGGCGUGGAGGUUCGGCUGGUAACAAGUUCCGGAUGUCACUGGGUCUACCAGUGGCAGCUACUGUGAACUGUGCCGAUAACACUGGAGCCAAGAACCUGUACAUCAUUUCUGUGAAGGGAAUCAAGGGUCGCCUUAACAGGCUUCCUUCUGCCUGUGUUGGUGACAUGGUUAUGGCAACCGUGAAGAAGGGAAAGCCUGACCUUAGAAAGAAGGUGAUGCCAGCUGUUAUUGUGAGGCAGCGCAAGCCAUGGCGCCGAAAGGAUGGUGUCUACAUGUACUUUGAAGACAAUGCUGGAGUGAUUGUGAACCCAAAGGGAGAGAUGAAAGGUUCUGCCAUCACUGGGCCCAUCGGAAAGGAGUGCGCUGAUCUCUGGCCCAGGAUUGCUAGCGCGGCAAAUGCGAUCGUCUAAAGGAAGCAGUUUGUCGAAGUUUCAUUUAAAAUGGGGACUUGAGAAGGGAGUUCUUAGUUAGACGAGCUUUUGAUUGCCCUGAAUAUGUUUCCCCGGCUAAUGCUUGUGCUGCUGGACCGUUUCCUGAUAGCUUUGCUUUGAUGACAUCCUCCCCGUUAUCGAUAAAGUUGCGUAGCCUGACAUUUUGCAGAGUUU